CACCUACCCCCGUGGCCCCGUGCGCCCAAGCCCCCGUGACGGCGGCGACCCCAAUUCCCCGUCCCGUCUUCCGCGUCUGCGCCGCCCGCGGCCUCCCACCGCCGCCCGCCGCCCAGCCGCCUGAGUGCCCAACGCGCCAUCCCUUCUACUUCUCCAGGCUACGCGGCGCCGCUCUGGUCUAGGCCGCCCCGCCCGUUCUCCUGGUGCCCGACGCCGCGACGGGGGUCCUGGCCUCCUGCGCGGCUUCGCCCUGAGAACCUGAGGCUGAGUCCCCUGACGUCGACGGGCCAUUGCGGCGCGCGGCAGAUCAGCAACGGGCAGCCAUCCCGAGAUCGUAAUCGGCAGCAGCAAAUCCCAUCACUGGAAACUCCAAGGCUUUGCCUGACAGGAUGCAAGACCCAAGCGGUGAUGAUUUCCCUGCCCCAAAGUUGCACAAGAAGAAGGUUGUGUACCGGCCGCAUUCAUCAGGCCAGCUGAAGGGUGAACCCGAACUGCUGCGGAGAGACGUUCCGCAUUCAUCAGGCAUGGCCCAAAAGCCACCCAAAAGAAGCUUGAAGAGUGAGCGCCCUGCCACUCCUCCAUCUGACAGAGGAACUCCAGAUUCCCUGCCAGACUCUGGUCCUACCGAUGAGUACCGUGCACUACGGAGGAAGUACAUGAUGCUGGAGGAAGAGAACUUUGCCCUGGACAAUGAACUGCGCAUGGAAGAUGAGGAAAUCAAGGCACUUGAGGAGGAAAAGCUUGCACUUCUUGAUGAGCUUGUUGUCUUAGAAGGCCUUGUCGAGCCAUCGCAGCUGCAGUUUCAGCGUAGGCCGUGAGAGGCAUUUGGUUUCUGUGAUCGUCGUCGUUCAGUGUAAUUCAGCAACUGGUAGCUGUUAAUACUUUCUGGAUGUAAACAUUGUGGUUGAAACAGCAUAAACCUGUUAUGAAUUGAACUCCCUUGGAUGAAUGUUUUGAAGGGUCGGCAAGUUGUUAGCGUAUAA